UUGUUUACAUGUGUUUGCAUUUUUAAAGCCGUAUAUGUUUGAAGCCAGGUAGCUGAAGGUGAACGGUGCGUCGGUACGGCUCGGUGCUUUCUGUACCGAGGUGGAUUCAACGUUAACGUUACACGCCGCUGCCGUUGGGCGAAAUUUACAAAGAACAGGCACUCGAAAGGUUUCUGUCUAAUUUCGGUCACUUUCAAUUGAAUUUUGGUUGGUUUUUUUUUAUAGCAACGUAGCCUACGUAACGUUACUUAAGUUAAGCUGAGAUACAACCUCUCUCAUACGCGAAUUCUUUUCUCUCAGCGGACGUUGUUUCGGCGUUGAUAUGUGAUGUUAGGCGAGAAAUGCGGCGUUUGGGUCUCCGGCUCUUUCGGUUUUCGUUUGUCCCCUGAUGCUCCUGAUCCUGGCUUUGCCACACAGCUCUCCACUGUCACCUGAUCACACCGAGAUGAAAGGGAAUAUCUUUUAGGUCAUCUUGCUGAACGGACUAACAUGAUGAUAAGUGUAUGUAAGGCAAGUAACGUGUGGAAACAGGGGACCGAACAAUCGUCUUUCGUCGAUCAGCCCCGUUCAACCGUUCCCAGAGUCUAAAAAGUUCGUCUAACUUUAGCAAGUUUAUUGGACUUAUUUUAGCCCCUGCACGGUGUACCUGAUGAAGGCGCGUGUUUAGAUUUUCGUUUAAAGUGUUUUAUUCUCCCACGAGCCAUAAUGUCGGACACAGAGAUGUCUCUGCCGGUCCUCAAGAAGCUGAGCUAUGCGGUGGGACACUUUCUGAACGACCUGUGUGCCUCCAUGUGGUUCACAUACCUACUGGUGUUCUACCACUCAGUACUGGGAUUCCAAAACACGAAUGCAGGUGUGUUGCUGUUGGUUGGCCAGAUAGCCGAUGGUAUCUGUACGCCUCUCAUUGGCUACGAGUCUGACCGAACCCCUGGCUGUGGCAACUACGGCAAGAGGAAGACAUGGCAUUUAGUUGGAACACUGAGCGUGGUGCUAUCCUUUGCCUUCAUCUUCAACCAGUGUCUGGGCUGUGGCCCCCUCACCCCUCAGUGGGCCAGUCUGACCUACUUCAUCCCGUUCAUCAUCGUCUUUCAGUUCGGCUGGGCCGCCACCCAGAUCUCCCACCUGUCUCUCAUUCCAGAGCUGGUCACCUGUGAGCACGCCAAAGUAGAACUCACUGCAUACAGGUAUGCGUUCACCGUGGUAGCCAACAUCACAGUGUAUGCUGUGGCUUACCUGCUGUUCCACUUCCAGGCCGGAGGGGACGACGACCCACUCAGUGACGGGCUUGGACCAGCAGAUAUCCCCGUCUUCAGGAAUCUGGCGUUUAUUGUGCUGGCCAUCGGCGCUCUCUUCUCCGUCUUCUUCCACCUGGGAAUCACAGAGAGGAGGCGUGAAACAGGAGGGGAGGCCGGAGGAGAGGAGGGGAGGAAGAGGAUAGGGGAGGAGGAGGAGGGAGAGGGGGAGCGGAAGCCCCUGCUUCCCCGCCCGAGGACCUCCACGCAUCUUCUGCAGUGGAGAUGUUGGCUGCAGCAGCCUUCUUUUUACCAGGUGGCCUUACUUUACAUGUCUACCAGGCUAAUAGUCAAUCUGUCUCAGACCUACAUCUCAAUGUAUCUCAUCAACACUCUGGAGCUGCCCAAGAAGUUCAUCGCAACCAUCCCAUUAGUGAUGUACCUGAGUGGCUUCCUGUCCUCCUUCAUCAUGAAGCCUGUCAGUAAACACAUUGGGAAAUGUCUCACCUACUUCGUGGGCCUGCUGCUGAUUAUGGCCUUCUCCUACUGGGUGCUGUUGGAUGGCCAGAUGGGUCAGCGGGUGUACGGGGCCGCUGCGCUGCUGGGGGCGGGGUCAGCCACCAUCCUGGUCAUAUCGCUCUCCAUGACCGCGGAGCUCAUCGGCGAUCAGACGCAAAGUGGAGCAUUUGUGUAUGGAGCCAUGAGUUUCACUGAUAAAGUGGCUAAUGGGUUAGCUGUGAUGGCCAUCCAGGCUCUGCAUCCUUGCCAUACUGUGUUGUGCUGUCCGGCCUGUGUGUGGUUCUACCAUUACAUCAUGGUCAUAGUGACGGGAGGCGUGGCAGUCGUCGCGGCUUUGGCGCUCUGCUCCAUCCUCAUCUGGCCAAUCAAGAUCAGACCACUUAUCUCUAUGGAUGCAGCCAGAGUCAACUGACCGCCCCUUCCCUACAACAACUGAGAUCCAGAAGGACAAGAAGAGCUUUCACUUUUGUUUUGAAGAUUCAUGUCUAGUUGUUCAGGCAGAAAGCUCCAGGGGAAUUCCUGGCUGUCUGCUCGACUGGUGCAGUCACUGUGGCACAUUCAUCACUUCUGAUAAAGUAACAGGGGCGAACAGGGACACCAAUUUUUUUUCCAGUUUUCUCAUCAUGUUCCAAAACUUACUUUCAUCCCAGGACCUGGUAAUUAGCUUUAGCUUAGCUUUUUUUAAUGGAUUUUUACCCACUUUCAAACACCUGUUAGAGCCAAAUAUCUACCACAGUUGAAAGCACAGGGUUUGUUUCGGAGGCUGUUUAAAUAUUUUCAGCUGUUGCGGAUGCGUCUUUGAGUCGGUUCGUGCCGCCCCUGGCUAAUAUGCGCCAAAUCGCAUCCUUCCAUUGUCCUAAUAUGCGAUCGCACUGCCUCUAAAAUUCCCUUUGCGUUCUGCCCAGACCCAUUUAUCAGCAGAGACAGCGAGAAUUAGAACGACCACGCUGUACACCUGCUUGAAAAUGAUUGGACGUUGCUAAUCGGCGGGCGGCCCAGCAGCUGAUGAAUGAGCUGGUGAUUACGAAGCCGCUACUACUGGCCAGCGAAAGCUUUUCUGUUGCAUUACUGAACACAUUCGUACACUUUUUUUUUUUUUUUUAAAUCACAUAUUUAUACUAUAAUCCUAAUUUUAUGUCCGUAGAACCCACACACAAAAUAGUUAUUAUACAGCUAACAUCUAUAUAGGGCCGCAGAUACAGUGGGUCUCCGCACAUGAAGCUGCAUCAGCAUUGAUUGUAUAGAUUCCUUAUACACUGCAGGGUUGUGACCAUAGAAAUGGUGGUGCGCCGAUCACGGAAGGCUUGUGUCGUGUGGACGCGCCGACAGCGCUGUUGUCAUUACUUAGAAUUCCUCGUGGGCGGGGGCGACAGAAACUACACACUAUAGCUUUAACGCGUAUUGUCACCAUGACAACUAACAACAAUCGCCAUUCUGUCGCGUACCAAUCAAAUGACCACGGCCAACAGUUCAAUGGCCUUUCUAUCCAUUUUAUUUCUAUGGUUGUGACCAAAAGUGGUCGACUGCUUCACCACGGAGCCGUGAGCAGGAAUAAGCUUUGGGUGCUUUUUUUUUAGGUUGGAUUUUGUUGGAAAACGAUGAGAAAACAGGUUCCAGGUCAUAAGUAGUCUUUAGUUGCAGCUUAUUUCAUUACAUGUCUGUUGUUAGACAGAACAGAGCAUGAGAGGAAAGACUGGGAACACAUCGACACGUUCACCGCCGAUAUCUGAGCGCAGCCGCCGGCUGGACUGGAUCACUUCAAAAGGGAACUGCUGUCCUGCUGCUUCACUAACGCACAUCAGAGACAAAAAGAAAAAAAAAGUACGAUGAAGAGAGGCCAGAUACAGUAUGGAUGUGGUGUGCAUUCAAGUGACCAAGCUCAGGAACACCAAAGAAGAAGCAGGGACCAUUGUAAAGUCAGCGUCCUAUCAGCUGAUGCCUCGUCAGUACUUAGUUAUGCCAAUGUGACCGACAACUGCAUUCCAAAAAUCAUUCCCGAGUUUCUAAGUGGAAUGCUUUAGGGCUACUAACAGCUAACGAUUGUUUUCACAGUCGUUUAAUGUGUCAAUUAUUUUUUCUCGAUUAAAUGUUUGGUCUGUUAAAUGUCUGUUUCCCAAAGCUCUAGACCACGUCCUCAAAUGUCUUCUUUUGUCCACAACUCAGUCCAUACUCAGUUUAGUGUCAGAGGAGAGAAGAAACUAGAACAUAUUCCCAUUUAAGGAGCUGGAAUCAAGAGAAUUUAGCUUUUUCUCAUAAAAAAAGUUACUCAAACGAUUAAUCGAUUAUCAAAAUAGUUGGCGAUUACUUUAAUAGUUGACAAAUAAUAGAUUCAUCUUUGCAGCUCUAAAACACUGCAUUAAAGGGUCAUCACACUAUAUUUCCUCACACUGAUGAACCACUACAUUUACACACCGACUGUCGACGGACGCACGGAAACUGACGCUGAAAUCCAGACGGUCGUGAUGGGGAGAAUCAAGCCUCGUUACAACGCACAGACGACUCUUAAAGAAACACACCGACUUAUUGGGACUUUAUCUUAUUCACCGUAACCCCCAGAGUUAGACAAGUCCAUAC